AUGGCAGCAUCAGCACCGAUAUCGAAAUCCAUCUACAUCGGCCCCUUUGUUCACAGUAAAUCACUCUCUGAACUUGAGAUCCAAGAACAUGGCGCAAUCGGCGUAGAUGAAGAUGGCAUAAUCCGUUUUGUCGAACGGAAUCUACAAGAUGGUAGCCUUUCCAAUCUGAUCCAGCAGAAGGGAGAUGACUGGACUGAUGCGCAGAUUGUUGAGAUAAAUGGAUCUGGUUUCUUCUUCCCCGGCUUUAUAGAUACACACGUCCACGCACCUCAACAUCCCAAUACCGGUCUUUUCGGAAAGACUACGCUGCUAGAUUGGUUACAAAAGUACACCUUUCCCAUGGAAUCUUCGUUCAAGAACGUUCCUCUCGCACACCGUGUGUAUCAGAAUUUCGUUUCGCGGACAUUAUCGCAUGGCACAACGACUGCUGCAUACUUCGCCACGAUCCAUGUGCCAGCCACCAACGCCCUCGCAGAUAUAUGUCUGAAGCGAGGCCAAAGAGCCCUGGUUGGCAGGGUGUGUAUGAACAGCGACCUAAGCCCCGAGUACUACAGAGACGAGAGUGUAGAGAGCAGUUAUGCCGAUUCAAAAGCUAGUAUCGACUACAUACGCUCCAUCGAUCCAAAGGGCGAGAUCGUGAAACCCAUCAUCACACCCCGUUUUGCGCCUAGCUGUACAACAGAUUGUCUCUCCGCUAUGGGUAGACUAGCGAAAGAGACGGAUGCGCAUGUUCAAACGCACAUUUCGGAGAACAAAGGCGAGAUUGAGCUUGUCAAGGAGUUAUUCCCGGAGAGUAAGAGCUACACGGAUGUGUACGAGACACAUGGGUUGUUGACAGAUAAAACGAUCUUGGCGCAUGCAGUGCAUCUUUCAGACGAGGAGAGGAAGCUGAUUUUGGAGCGGAAGAGCAAGAUCUCUCAUUGCCCAGCAUCAAAUACGGCUAUAACCUCUGGAUGUGCACCCAUCAGAUCACUGCUCGAUGAAGGACAUACAAUCGGUCUUGGAACGGAUGUUUCGGGUGGUAACUCGCCAUCGAUAUUGGAGAAUGUGCGACAGGCGAUAUGGGUGUCGCGACAUCUGUGUAUCCAAACUUCGAGCGAUUCUGUGAAACUCUCGACGGAGGAAGCUUUGUAUCUCGCUACGAGAGGCGGUGCAGCGGUUGUAGGGAUGGAAGAGAAGGUUGGCGGGUUUGAGGUUGGGAAGGAAUGGGAUGCGCAGAUGAUCAGCCUCGGCGUUGUUAGUGAGGAAGGUUGCCAGGAUGGUGCGUUUGAAGAGGGUCCGGUGGACGUAUUUGGAUGGGAGAGCUGGUCGGAUAAGGUGGAGAAGUGGGUGUACAGUGGUGAUGAUCGGAACACGGUGGCGGUAUGGGUGAAGGGUCGGCUUGUACAUCGAACAAGUCGGUAUCCUGGUGUCAUGAGAGACGCAACACCUUGA